GUUUUGUGAACAUCCAUGUAUUUGUUCUAGAGCGGAAGUGGAGCCAGAUCCUCGAGACCGCGGCGACAGCUGAACAAAUUUMGGGAAUAUAUUGGUGUAGGGACGUAGAUUUCCAUCACCCAAGAUGUCUCGGGGAUCAAUUGAAAUCCCCUUACGGGACACCGACGAGGUUAUUGAGCUUGAUUUCGACCAGCUGCCAGAAGGAGAUGAGGUCAUCAGUAUCCUGAAACAGGAGCAUACACAGUUGCACAUAUGGAUUGCUCUUGCUCUGGAGUAUUACAAACAGACGAAGACGGAGGACUUUGUCAAGCUGCUGGAGGCGGCCCGUAUCGAUGGGAACCUGGACUACAGAGACCAUGAGAAGGACCAGAUGACCUGUCUGGACACCUUGGCAGCCUACUAUGUCCAGCAGGCACGUAAAGAGAAGAACAAAGAUGCCAAGAAGGAGCUCAUCACUCAGGCCACCCUGCUCUACACCAUGGCAGACAAGAUCAUCAUGUACGACCAGAACCACUUGUUGGGAAGAGCCUGUUUCUGCCUGCUGGAGGGGGACAAAAUGGACCAGGCUGACGCUCAGUUCCACUUUGUCUUGAACCAGUCCACCAAUAACAUCCCUGCUCUACUUGGUAAAGCUUGCAUCUCCUUCAAUAAGAAGGAUUACAGGGGAGCACUGGCCUACUACAAGAAGGCUCUACGCACAAACCCUGGAUGUCCUGCCGAGGUGAGGCUGGGGAUGGGCCACUGCUUUGUCAAGCUCAGUAAGCUGGAGAAGGCCCGUCUGGCCUUUGGCCGGGCCCUGGAGCUCAACUCGAAGUGUGUGGGAGCCCUUGUGGGCUUGGCUGUGCUGGAGCUCAACAGCAAGGAGCCCGACUCCAUCAAGAAUGGAGUGCAGCUUCUCUCCAGAGCCUACACCAUUGACCCCAGCAACCCCAUGGUGCUCAAUCACCUGGCUAACCACUUCUUCUUCAAAAAGGACUACAGUAAAGUGCAGCACCUGGCUCUCCAUGCCUUUCACAACACAGAGGUGGAAGCGAUGCAGGCUGAGAGCUGCUACCAGUUGGCCCGCUCCUUUCAUGUACAGGAGGACUAUGACCAGGCCUUCCAGUACUACUACCAGGCCACCCAAUUUGCCUCGUCUACCUUUGUGCUGCCUUUCUUUGGCCUGGGGCAGAUGUACGUGUACCGUAGAGACAAGGAGAAUGCAGCCCAGUGUUUUGAGAAGGUCCUAAAGGCCUACCCCAACAACUAUGAAACCAUGAAGAUCCUGGGCUCUCUUUAUGCUACUUCAGAUGAUCAGGAAAAGAGAGACAUUGCAAAAGGUCAUCUGAAAAAGGUAACCGAGCAGUACCCUGAUGACGUGGAGGCCUGGAUCGAGCUGGCCCAGAUCCUGGAGCAGACCGACAUCCAGGGCGCCCUCUCUGCCUACGGCACGGCCACCCGCAUUCUGCAGGAGAAGGUCCAGGCUGACGUCCCCCCUGAGAUCCUUAACAACCUGGGGGCUCUCCACUUCAGACUGGGGAACCUGGGAGAGGCCAAGCAGGACGAGGAGGAGAAGGAGAUCCGGGCCAAGCAGGAUCAGGAGAGGGACUUCCUGCGCCAACAGAUGCAUAAAGAACAGGAGGAGAAGAGAACCAAGCAGGAAGAGGAUCAGAAGAAGCUGCUGGAGCAGAGAGCCAUGUACGUGGAGAAGACCAAGGGUCUGCUCUCCUUCGCCGAUGGAAUGAAGGAGGAAAGGAAAGAGAAGAAGAAAGGUGGCGGCCGACGCAAGAAAGGGGACUUUGAUGAGUUUGUCAACGAUGGCUCUGAUGAGGACCUGCCAGUGAGAAGGAGGAAGAAGAGGAAGGGUGGCAGCGGGAGUGAGGAGGAGGGCCGCAAGAAGAGGAGGAGACCCAACAAAGGGGGUGACGAUGGCAGUGAUGAUGAGGAAGGAGGCUCYCGGCCCAAAAAGCAACGCAAACCCAGAGCGGGCGGCAAGAAGAUCCUAAAGGCCGAGCCUGUGCCACCAUCUCUCAAAGGCAAGAUCAAGUCGAAGGCCAUCAUCUCAUCCUCCGACUCUUCAUCAGACGAGGAUGGACUGAAAAUUGCUGAAGACAGAAACCCCAGAGACAGUGGUUCAGGCUCUGAUAACGAGGGCGGCCACAAGAAGCGCAUCGCCUCCGACAGUGAGUCCGACGCGGGCCGGAACCGCUCUGGCAGCGAAGCUGGAAGCCCCCAACGCUCCGGAAACUCGGGUAGUGACUCAGGCAGCGACCGUCCAGUGAAGAGGAAGAGAGUGCAGCAGCAGUCUGACUCAGAGCAGUCUGAUAACGAGAGCAAGAGGAGCCGCUCUGGGUCGGAGAACGAGUCCCGACCAGGCUCACCGGCCGCAGCCUCUGGCUCUGAAGCAGGUUCUCCGGCGGGCUCCCCACGCCGCUCCGACAACGGAUCAGAACCAGGGGGCUCUGCCAACGAGGCCUCCAACCACGGCUCUGGCUCUGACAGUGACUGAGGCUUCAAACUCAGAACUGACUUUUUUCCUACUGAAUUUUAUAUAUUUUUUAAACUGAUUUUUGUAAAGGUUUUUUGUUCCGUCUUGGUUUGUACCAUGAAAUUGAACUGAGCACAUGCAGUGUAGCUUUGUAGCCCAGAAUGUGGGUUGUCUUUACUAGUUUUUGGUCACCAGACUAGAGACUUUUGCAUUGAUGCUGUACCUCAUGUCCUUUUGUUUUGUUGAUGAUGGAUGGAAAAUGUGACUUGUAAGUAGUCUGACAGCUGUAACCCAUAUAUUUUAUAUCUUAAAAUGAUUGGAAGAGGUGACGUCACAGAAAAAUUAGUAAAUUGGCCCAGAGUUGGGACAAAUUAUAUGUAGAUAAUAAACAAACACAAAAUAAAUAUUAGUUUUUUUUCUAUUUCUGAUGAUGAAGCUGCUUGUAUGACAUUGGAAAACAACUUGACACUUAUCUUCUGAUUAUGGGGUAAAUGUGUUGUAAUUGUUUUGGCUGCAUUUUCCUUGUUCUGUGUAUCAACAUGCCCUCUGCCAUUCCCAAAAAUAUUUUUGGCAAACCUCAUGUCAGUCAUGCUGUGGUGAAUAAAAUGCCAUAUUACAAGUUCA